AUGGAGGAGACCAACACAACAAAUCUCUCUCUGAACUACGUGACUUCUGGAUAUGUGGACUACGGGGAAAAUAUUGGAUAUGAAUGCUCAAGACUACCUUAUGGAUUGAUGGUAUUUGCAGGUGUCUGUACAGGGAUUUCUCUCUGUGGAAUUGCGGGGAAUGGCAUAGUCAUGUGGUUCCUGGGCUUCCACAUGAAGCAGAACCCCUUCACUGUCUACAUCCUAAAUCUAGCUGUAGCUGACUUCUCUCUGCUCCUCCUAUUUUUUCUGCUCCUAUUGGCAAUUUUGACCUUAACAGCAAUUUGCUCUUAUCUGUAUAAUUUCAUUUCUUUCUACAUAGAUUUUGUAUUUGUAGUUGAAUUUCUGGGGCACUCCUUUGACCUUAGCAGCCUGGGUCUCCUGACAGCCAUCAGCGUGGAGCGGUGUAUCUCUGUCCUCUUCCCAAUCUGGUAUCGCUGCCACCGCCCAAAGCACUUAUCAGGCGUUGUGAGUGGGGUGCUCUGGGCUCUUUCUGGACUUUUUGUUUCCUCAAUGUAUCUUAGCUUUAACUUUGCUGAAAGAUACGAGACAGAAUUUGCAGGUGUAGCCAUUGCAAUUUGCAUUAUUUUGUCAUCAAUGAUGUUGAUUUCCAACCUGUCCCUAUUCAUCAAACUCCAAUGUGGCUCACAGAGACGACACCCAGGGAGGCUCUACGUUGCUCUCCUGCUCAACGUGAUCUUCUUCUUUGGCUUUGGUAUUCCUUUCAGUGUAGAGGUUUUCCUCAACCUUCCAAGUUCACAUGAAUUGUUUCCUGAUAAUACAUGUUUUCUGCUGGCAUUGCUGAACAGCAGCAUCAACCCAGUCAUUUACUUUCUGGUGGGGAGCUGCCGGCAGCGCCGGCUCCGGGGCUCCGUGAAAGCCGCCCUCCGCCGAGUGUUCGAAGAGAAAGUGAGGAGCGAGGAGGGGAGCCACGUGCCUGGGGACACUGCGGUGGAGACCUCUCUGUAA